UUGUGUAUGCAGUGCCCAGGAAUCGUGUUUCAGUCAGGAAAACUGCAUCGCGAAUUUUUAUCAGCUAGAAAAGUGUGUCCGCGAAGAUAAGAAAUGAAAACAAAACUCGUUCGAGAUAGGCGGUUGGUGAUCUAAAUUCUCCGAUAAUCUUAUCGCGAAACGAAGUCAACGAAGCAUGACAACGAACAGCGAGCGCAGUCGAGUAUAGUUCCGCCCAGAAAAUAGGAAGUGCGUUGCGGUUUGCGAGUGGAAAUCCUGAGUGCAUAUGGUGCAGGCAGCAGUGGUGAAAAUUUUUGACAGCCGGAACAUCCGUGCAGAAAAUCUUUGGUGACAAGUGCAGCUGGGACAAAGGGCCUUGGGCAAGUGGAUUUCCGCCGAAAAAAAAAGUCCCACGGGAGUGGCCUCGUUGGUGUUCGGGGAAGGGAUGAAUGUGGAAUUACGUGACUUUGAAAUCAGUGACUCAGAGGCAGAAUUACUAAUCGAACCUUCGUCGGGCAGUGGCCGGGUGAUAAGCCGAACGUACGGCGGACGAUCUUACCGGAGCCGUCGAAGAGAACCAUUCAAGCUGGGGAACUUUCUGAAGAAAUUGUGCUGCUGCUGGUGCUGGGCCUGGCGAAAAUGGUGUGCUUCCAAGGAGCUGAAACCUCGGACCAUCUACAUCGGUCGUCCGUCGACGGAGAAAUUCCCCCCGAACGAGAUCCGAAAUCAGAAAUACAACUUCUUCACUUUCCUCCCGCUGGUGCUGUUCGAGCAGUUCCGGUUCUUCUUAAAUCUUUACUUUCUGAUCAUGGCUGUGAGUCAAUUCAUUCCGGACAUUCGGAUUGGCUAUCUGUACACCUACUGGGGUCCGUUGGGCUUCGUGCUGGCCGUAACGAUAAGUCGUGAAGCUAUCGAUGACCUGCGACGGCACCAACGGGACCGGGAGGUUAACUCCCAGAAAUACAAACGUUUUGUCAGUGCCGACAAACCACCGGAACUGGUGUCUUCAUCGAAGCUGAAGGUCGGCGAUCUCAUCAUGGUGGAGAAGGAUGAACGCGUUCCGGCGGAUUUGAUACUGCUGCGAACUAGCGACAAAAGUGGCGCCGUUUUCGUCCGAACGGAUAUGUUGGAUGGUGAAACCGAUUGGAAGCUGCGACUAGCAGUGCCGGCAACGCAAAAACUAGCUACGCAUAACGACUUGUUCAACAUCGGUGCGUCGCUCUAUGUGGAAAAACCUCAAAGAGACAUCCAUACGUUUAUCGGAACAUACUCUAAGAUCGAAGGUUCAGAAGAUGAGGGCCUUAGUGUGGAGAACACUCUAUGGGCAAACACGGUGGUUGCAUCCGGAACGGCAGUCGGCAUCGUUAUCUACACCGGAGCAGAAACCCGAAGCGUAAUGAACAACUCACAACCCCGUUCGAAAGUGGGCUUACUUGAUCUGGAAAUAAACGGCCUUACGAAAGUCCUUUUCUGCGCUGUCAUUGGGCUCUCCUUUGCGAUGAUGUGCUUGAAAGGAUUCAACGGACCGUGGUACCGGUACAUGUUCCGUUUUGUACUGCUGUUUUCCUACAUCAUCCCAAUCAGCCUGCGAGUCAACUUGGAUAUGGGCAAAGCGUUCUACUCCUACCAGAUGCAGAAUGACGAGGACAUCAAAGGAACUGUGGUUCGCUCGACCACGAUCCCGGAAGAACUCGGGCGAAUAUCGUACUUACUGACAGAUAAAACCGGCACCUUGACCCAGAACGAAAUGAUAUUCAAAAAGAUUCACGUCGGGACGGCCGCUUACGGGAGGGACACAUUCCCGAUGGUAUCGGCCACGAUCCAAUCCGUUUACAAUACCAUAUCGGUGCAGGGGGACACAUCGCCUGCCAAAAGUUCCAAAUAUCAGCCUCGGUUGAAAAAACCGGAAGGAUGGCGAAUUUGGGAAUCGGUCAAAGCUCUCGCAUUGUGUCACAAUGUGACGCCCGUCUAUGACAACGGCAACGGAGGCAACGGUUUAAAUGGAUCGGAACGAAGAAACUCGCCCUCGCGGUCGAUUUCAGUGGAGACUCAAGAAUCGGUCAAACUGCCGGAGAAAACCUAUCAAGCAUCCAGCCCCGAUGAGAUAGCCCUGGUCAAAUGGACCGAAUCCGUGGGACUAACGCUGAUUAAUAGGGAUCUAAACCACAUGACACUGCAGGUUCGCGAAAAGGAUUCACAGCGCAAUUCAAUGAACGAAAAUGCCUCCAUCAACACAACGGUCACCAAUUUAUCUGUCAACUCGAAAACGGACCUAAAUUCGCCAUCCAGCUCGGGCAGUGUGACAUCGCUGAAUUCCCUAGCGGGAGGUAUAAUGAAGUACCAAAUCCUUCAAACCUUCCCGUUCACCAGCGAGAACAAACGGAUGGGUAUUAUCGUUAAGGAGCUGAACAGCGGAGAAAUUACGUUCUAUCUCAAGGGGGCUGAUGUUGUGAUGUCAGCCAUCGUGCAGUACAAUGACUGGCUUGCGGAAGAGAGCGGUAAUAUGGCCCGAGAAGGUCUACGAACGCUGGUCGUGGCCAAGAAGGUUCUCACCGAAGACCAGUAUGCCGAUUUUGAAACAAGGUACAACGCGGCUAAGGUUAGCGUAACGGAUCGAGUAACGAAAGUGGCGGCUGUCAUUGAAAGUUUGGAACGGGAAAUGGAACUGCUUUGUUUGACGGGUGUAGAGGACAGGCUGCAGGAUAGGGUUAGACCAACACUCGAACUGCUGAGAAAUGCAGGCAUCAAAAUCUGGAUGUUGACCGGGGACAAGCUGGAAACGGCGACCUGCAUUGCGAAGAGUUCACACCUGGUUGGAAGAAAUCAGAACAUCCACGUGCUGAAAAGUGUUCUUACCCGAACCGAUGCCCACUUGGAGUUGAAUCAAUUCCGACGGAAGCAGGACUGUGCGCUGGUCGUCUCAGGGGAAAGUCUCGAAAUAUGCCUACAGUACUAUCAACCGGAGUUCAUGGAACUGGCCACCGCUUGUCCGGCGGUUGUUUGUUGUCGGUGUAGCCCUACGCAGAAAGCUCAGGUUGUGUCGUUAAUUCAAAAGUAUUCCGGCAAACGGACGUGUGCCGUCGGGGAUGGUGGCAACGAUGUCAGUAUGAUUCAGCAAGCCGACGCAGGGAUCGGCAUAGAGGGCCGGGAAGGUAAGCAGGCUUCGUUGGCAGGGGACUUCAGUAUACCGCAGUUUUCGCACAUUGCAAAGCUGUUGAUCGUGCAUGGACGGCGAUCGUACAAACGUUCGGCUGCCCUGUCGCAGUUUGUAAUACAUCGUGGGUUGAUCAUAUCAACUAUGCAGGCCGUUUUUUCGGCCGUCUUCUACCUGUCCUCCGUGGCCUUAUAUCAGGGUUUCCUGAUGGUUGGUUAUGCGACGUUGUACACGAUGUUCCCGGUGUUUUCCCUGGUACUGGAUCAGGACAUCAGCGCAAACAUAGCACUCACCUAUCCUGAGCUGUAUAAGGAACUUUCCAAGGGUAGGAGCUUAAGUUACAAGACGUUCUUCAUGUGGGUGCUGAUUAGUAUUUAUCAAGGAGGAGUAAUAAUGUACGGAGCACUGAUUUUAUUCGAAGACGAGUUUAUACACAUCGUUGCAAUUAGUUUCUCCGCACUGAUCUUGACCGAGCUAAUUAUGGUUGCGUUAACCAUCAGAACGUGGCACAAAUUGAUGGUACUGGCAGAACUCUUCAGUCUAGUGUUGUACAUAAUCUCAUUAGCCGUGCUGCACGAAUACUUUGACUGGGAGUUUAUCUGGUCGUGGGAAUUCCUGUGGAAAGUCCUGGUGAUAACGCUUGUCUCAUGUCUACCGUUGUAUAUUUUGAAAUUCCUGCGGAAAAAGUUCUCACCACCGUCAUACUCUAAGCUGUCCUAAAGUCCUAACCAAAAGGUGGAUUCUGCGUGGAAUAAAAAAAAAUACAAGAGAACAUACGCUUCUGACACAAAAGUUUCUCACUCUCGAUUCGCACCACAAAGAUACCGAUGCACGGCCGACGAAAUAGCUUUCUUUUUGAGUGUUCUUUAUAUUUGUUUUUUUUAUUAGUUCACUGAUAGCAAAUCAUUGAUGUUCCUUCAAUCGUUCAACACAUUUUAGUUUCACUCACUAGCUAAGAUCAUUCAGAAACUGUGUUUUUUUUGUGGAAACAAGUCAUGUAUUUAUGUUUCUUCAGUAUAAGAUACACUAUUUUGUUCAAUCGUUUGUGAUUUGUCUCUAAAACCAAUAAUCGUGAUAUUUUUUAAAUAUAUAAUCUCUAAGCGUUUUUCUUAUACCACCAAGAAGAUUCCAUGAAAUAUUUCCGUUUCGUUAAUCGUACUACACCAGAGAUAUGCUUAAAUGUUUCAUACAAUCAGAGUCGUAUUGAGAAAUCGUGCGUGAAAAUACAUUUUUCAGGAGAAGCGUUAAUAUUAUUUCAGUAUAGUUAAUUAUGAACCCAACAAGUCGUUAAUCUAAUGAGUUUUAUACAAAUGACUGGAAUCGAUCAAUAUUUAUUCGUGUGACGACGAAGGAAGCAUUUGAAUUGUAGAGAAGCUAGCUAGCGGGCGUGAAGCGAUCGGUAGUCGAACAGCUAAAUCAGAACUUAUGAAUGACAGAGAACAGACUACUGAUUAUUAUAAUUUACGAAAGAUAACAAUAAACAAAACUUUUACGAAUCCAUUUACUAAAA